CCUCCAUCCACCCACACCAAACGCAUCCCUCCAGCCGCACACCGUCACAGUCGGGAGCUAAAUAGGGAGGGAUCACCGGGAUCGGAACACUUCAGCCGCCGCUGUGUCGACACAACAUCACCGGCCCCGCUUUAACAUUUCUUCUAACGGACAAAUCGUGAACAUAACGGGGGUGCUGGAUACCGGGAGGACGGCAUGGGAGAGCUCACGGCGGUUCUGCUGUUACUGGUGGCGACCUUGACGCUUUCAACCGAGGUGCCUGUUGAUGACUCUGUGGGUUUGCUAACUGAGCCCCAGGUGGCCAUGUUUUGCGGGAAGCUCAACAUGCACAUCAAUGUGCAGAGUGGCAAAUGGGAGACUGACCCCACCGGCACCAAGAGCUGCAUCGGCACCAAGGAGGGAAUCCUGCAGUACUGCCAAGAGGUGUACCCAGAGUUGCAGAUCACAAAUGUUGUGGAGGCCAACCAGCCCGUCAGCAUCCAGAACUGGUGCAAGAAAGGCCGCAAGCAAUGCCGCAGUCACACACACAUUGUGGUGCCGUAUCGCUGCCUGGUUGGUGAGUUUGUGAGCGAUGCCCUGCUGGUUCCUGACAAGUGUAAGUUCCUGCACCAGGAGCGUAUGGACCAGUGUGAGAGCCACCUGCACUGGCACACUGUAGCCAAAGAGUCCUGCGGAGACCGCUCCAUGAAUCUCCAUGACUACGGGAUGCUGUUGCCAUGUGGUAUUGACCGUUUCCGGGGGGUGGAGUUCGUCUGCUGUCCAACGGAGGCUGAGCGAGAGUUGGACAGCGCAGAGUUAGAAGGGGAGGAGUCAGACGUCUGGUGGGGUGGAGCUGAGACCGAAUACUCUGAUAACAGCAUGUCGCGUCCGGCAGACACAGAGGCUGCCACCACGGAGGAUGACGAAGACGAGGAUGAAGAGGUGGACACUUUUGAAAGGGACGAGAAUGGAGAUGGAGAUGAAGAUGAGGAGGAGGACGAAGACGACGUGACUGACGAACGUGACAGCGAUGAGCGCAGUGCUAACGUCGCCAUGACAACCACCACCACCACCACCACUGAAUCAGUUGAGGAAGUUGUUCGAGCCGUUUGUUGGGCUCGUGCUGAGUCAGGCCCGUGUCACGCCAUGCUGGAGCGUUGGUACUUCAUGCCUGAGAAGGGCCGCUGUGCUCCCUUCUUGUUUGGGGGCUGUGGGGGCAACAGGAAUAACUUUGACUCUGAGGAGUACUGCCUAGCCGUCUGCAGCAGCUCGUUGCCCACCAUGGCCCCCAGUCCUCCAGAUGCUGUGGAUCGGUACCUCGAAUCUCCUGGGGAUGACAGUGAACACGCUGACUUCCAGAAGGCCAAGGAAAGCCUGGAGGCCAAACACCGUGAAAGGAUGUCUCAGGUGAUGAGGGAGUGGGAAGAGGCUGAGAGACAGGCCAAGAACCUUCCUCGUGCUGACAAGAAAGCUGUCAUCCAGCACUUCCAGGAGAAGGUGGAGGCUCUGGAGCGGGAGGCAGCAGGAGAGAGGCAGCAGCUGGUGGAAACCCACAUGGCCCGGGUGGAGGCUCUGCUCAACAGCCGCCGACGCCUGGCUCUGGAAAAUUACCUCAGUGCCCUACAGGCCAACCCUCCACGGGCUCGUCAGGUGCUGAGUCUGCUGAAGAAGUACGUCCGUGCAGAGCAGAAGGACAGACAGCACACGCUGAAACACUACGAGCACGUCCGCACAGUCGACCCCAAGAAGGCAGCACAGAUCCGACCACAGGUUUUGACCCACCUACGUGUGAUCGACGAGAGGAUGAAUCAGUCACUGGGUCUGCUCUACAAAGUGCCCAGUGUGGCCAGUGAGAUCCAAAACCAAGUCUCUGUUAUAGUGCAGAGAGUUCAGUCGGAGCUGUCUCAGCAAGUCUCUUCCCUGCAGAGCGAUGGGCGGGUGGAUGGCAGGGUGAGUUAUGGAAAUGACGCUCUAAUGCCUGAUCAGGCCUACAGCUCUGCUCCUAUGGACCCUGGCCUGGACGGACUGGGCUUCAUCCACCCUGAGAGCUUCAACCAGCCCAACACAGAGAACCACGUUGAACCUGUUGACGCUCGCCCAAUUCCAGAUAGAGGACUCCCCACACGACCUGUAUCUGCCCUGAAGCCAGAGGAGAUGCCAGAAGUGCGAAUGGAGACUGAAGAGAGGCAAAGUGCUGGUUAUGAAGUUUACCAUCAAAAACUGGUGUUCUUUGCUGAGGAUGUUGGGUCCAAUAAAGGUGCCAUUAUUGGACUUAUGGUUGGAGGGGUUGUCAUAGCAACUGUCAUUGUCAUUACUUUGGUGAUGCUGAGGAAGAAACAAUACACUUCUAUUCAUCACGGUGUAAUUGAGGUGGAUGCAGCGGUGACACCAGAGGAGCGUCAUCUGGCUAAGAUGCAGCAGAACGGCUAUGAGAAUCCCACCUACAAAUUCUUUGAGCAGAUGCAGAACUAAAUAACUGCCUGCAGCAUUUUCUUCAGGCAUAUCCCAACCCCACACUCUCACUCGUAGGGUCUAUUUCAUUCUGGUCCCUCGCCCUAAAACCUUUGCUUUCUCACCCUGUUGAGGGGGAAGGAAAUAUGUGAACACACUUUACACUUUUACCUACAUUGGUCAGACAAGGGUACCCUGUUUCACCUGCACAUUUCAGCCAAUCACAACAAAAACGUCAUAGUUAUUGUGCUGACAAACCAACACCCUGGUGAUGAUUUAUAUGAAGUCACCUCAGUACUGUGCUCGUGGCUGAGACCAGAAACAUGUAAACCCAAGCAGUUCAAGUAAUUCCCAGUUACUCCCUCAUCACUCCAACUGUUUGUUCCAUUUUCUUCAAACUGCCCCACUCAUCCCGCUCCCCUGCCUUCCGAUAACAGCUGUGCUGUGUUUGAUGACAUAACAGCUCUUAGAGCUGGCAGUGGGAGGAGGGGCUCUCAGAGCGCCCCUCCGCACUAUCAAAGCCCAAGUGUUUCAGGUUUGUUUUUCAAAAAGAAAGAAAAAAACACAAAAAAAUUAUACAUAAUCAAAGUAUGUAAAAGUUGAAAAAUAUUGAAUGUUUUGUUUUAUGAUUUUUUUAUGUGUAAUAUAUUAAGACAGAGAUUAGCUGUAAGUAUAUGUAGUGCAUGGCAAUAUUGAUGACAGAUACAGUAUACUGUAUGUUGAGGUCCUCGAGAGCGGUCCUCUUACUAGAUAUUUUAGCAGGAUUGUACAUUUCUAGUGUCUUCUUUGUGAUCUUGUGAUAUGAAGAAGAAAGAGUAUUCAGAAUCCGGUCUGCUUUGUUGUCACAGACUUGCUUUAACUGAAUCUUGGCUCGUUAUGCUCAUCUCCACGCUUCACUGUUGUGUUAGCUGCAUGGGCAAAAUGCUCUAUAUGUAAUAUAUGAAGUGUUAUAGUAUCCGAAAGGAAGAUGAUUUUGUUACUGUUUGCGUUCUAUGCACUCUGUCAUUUUGGAACUCUGAUUAUUAUCACCAAAUAUUAUUCCUCUUAAGUCCCUGAUGCCAAUUCACACCGUCGCUGGUUUUUAUUAGACUGAGGAUAAAGGUCAAAUAUUAGAAAGGAGGUUUUCUGAAAGUGUACCAUUCCAGAUUUUAUCAUUCCAGUCUCUCUCUCGAUUGUAAAUAUUUGGAAGAUGAGAUCCAACUCUCAAUGGCCCAGUUUCAUUAUCAAGCUCCCAUCUCGGUCUUUUCCCCUCGUUCAUCUGUUAUCUGAUCUUUCUUUCUAAAUCCCCAUUUGUCCUGUUUAUCCUCUCUUUCUGGCUGUGUCAGCAAUAUUGUACAGUGCAGCACUUGGGAGUAUUUGAUGAAGAGAUGGGACUUUUGGGCCCAGAGAGAUCACAAGUUUUCUAGGUGGUCCCAUCCAUUGCCACUCCACACACACAUUCCUUCACCAAAUCUCACACAUUCUAUUUUUCUACAUUUCCUGUGUAUACAUGUACAGUGCUUCUGUUUGUCCUGUGGUGGAUAUUUCUUUGCCUGCACAUUUGUUGUCAAGACUCUUAAAAUUGUCUUCAUGAAGGUGGCAAUGAAUUACCAUAAACACAGGGAGGAUGACCACAACUCACAUCAGCGUAGACACAUUUCCCUCUCCCUUGAUUAAGUUAUUUGAGCCACCUCCAGUAAACAUGAAUGUGACAUGCAUAUCGUGCAUUUUAUACCAUAGAAAUACAACACAUAUCACCUCUCUAUACAUUCUUUCCACUUGUACACACUAACUGAAGCGCUUAAUCAGGUGAAUGUUUAAAAUUUGUAUUGAUGCUCACUGUGGGUGUUUGGAGGCUAGUGUUUAAAAAAAAUGAUGCAUUUUUUCUCUCAUUGAUUCAGUGACCUUCCUCUGUGUGUAGUUUAAUGAACCAUUUGCAUAGAGUAAGAACAAGCUUUCUACACUCACUAUACCAUGAAUAAAAUUUUGAAUGUACAUAUAA